UUCAUUGUGUUGUGUUGGUUUGAUGUAUUCACUACUUACUUUGUGAGCUCAAUUUGUUUCUUCUGUUUGUCACCAGAUGCUUCCCUGGCUCCUUGUUUUCUCAUUUUCCAGAAUCAACUUCCUGAUCUCUAGCAUGCUGCUACGCUUACAUCUGCUGUACACCACUAACCUGAAAACACACCGGCUCUCCAGAUCUCUAGUGUGCAGCUAUACUUUCGCCAGCUGUUACGCCAUUCACCAGUUCACCUGACCUCUGGGGUGCUGCUAUGUCUUCCCCUGCUGGAAUCACACUCACCUUCAACUUACCAGUCCUUCUGACCUUCGGGGUACUGCUACGUGUUCUCCUACGUCUUCCCUGGACCUGGCUCAGCCACCACUGCUCCUCUUCUGACACCUGCAGUCUCCUGAUCACCUCUUACAUCCACCAGCUACUAUUCCACUCCGUCUCCUCCCUAGUUCCUCAUUGUCAUUGUGGUCUCCUCACCACACAACUCCAGGUUGUGCCUCACCUCCAUUCUCCCAGCUACUCAGUCGAUGCUCUCUUCACUGAUGUCUGCAUCUUGGGGUUCAUCCGUACCUGCACAGAUCCUGACAAUAGUGGACAAGUAGCACCAACUAAAAAGCAUAUGUCUGUGGUCACAUGCUAUAUGCUGAAUGUCAAAGUGAACAAGCAAAAGGAUUCAAAACAAGGCGGCUGGCACAGGCAAGUGAUUGUACUCCUCAACAGUGAGGAAACGUUGAAAAGCACACACAAGAACCAUAUAAAAAUACAUGAACAAAAACCGUCCACUUCAGGUGGCACAACAAAAAGCAAAACAAACAAAAGGCCUCACAUGAAAAAAUACAGCAAACUUAUUGUACUAGGAAGUCCCAUUGACAUCAAGAGCUCUUUUUCAAGGGAGACCUGGCCAAGAUGGCAGCCAGAGCUCAGUGAAUGGAAGAGGGCAAAACAGAGAGCAGAGGUACAGGCAGCCGGUGUGUAGAUCCAACAGUUAGCAAACUGUUCAGAAAGGUAAAAAAGUAGGCAGAGAGCAAAGGUUACACAGCAGGUAAGGGCUAGGUAGAUGGCAUGCCCAACAGGCACCAAUAGUUCCGAAAACCAGCAGGUGUAGGUCAGAGAAUAGGCAGCAGAAAACAGCUGGACUGAACUGCACAGCAGUGAAUGCUCAGCAGGUAGGGGAAUCAAAAACAGGUUUCAGAUUUGGUAACAUGAGAUGGCUGAACAGCACUGUAGGGUAGUCAUUAAUAAUCUGACCUCUGAGUAGUAGUAGGAGACAGGUUAUAUAAGCCACAGUGAUGAGACAGAUGACAGCAGUUUCCCACGUGCGGCAGCAGAUUGGCUACAAUCAGCAGUAGCCAGAGAUAAAACAGGGCACUAGACUAGCCUGCCCUGAA